AUGGCGGAUGAUCUGCAGGCCGAACAUACUCCCGGUUUCAAGGUGGGGGAGAAGAAGACGUUGGAGGAAUAUCAGAAACUGGACCAAGGCGACGAUGCCCUGAAUCGGUGGAAGCAAUCACUUGGUCUAGGCAGUGGCACACCGAUCGGCGACCCGAACGACCCCCGCACAUGCAUCAUUAAAUCUCUUUCGUUGGAAGUCGAAGGCCGACCAGAUAUAACCAUCGACCUGACUCAACCUGGCUCCCUCGAAACCCUUAACAAACACCCCUUCACCAUCAAGGAAGGCUGCAAGUACUGCAUGAAGGCCGUCUUCACCGUCCAGCACCAAGUCCUUUCUGGCCUCAAGUACAUCCAAGUCGUCAAGCGAAAAGGUAUCCGUGUCAGCAAGGACCAGGAAAUGAUUGGCAGUUUUGCGCCCAACACCACCGAUAAGCCCACAUAUGAAAAGAGGUUUACCGAAGAAGAGGCUCCUUCCGGCAUGCUCGCUCGUGGCCACUACGAGGCAAGUACCAGAUUUGCUGACGAUGAUGACCAUACACAUCUCGAAUUCCACUGGUCAUUCGAUAUUGCCAAGGAUUGGAAGUGA